AUGUGGACCACAGCACUGGCCAGAACCACGGAUGGUUCUGCCUACCUGACCGUGCAAACCCAGUCUCUUCACCAGAUAGGUAGAAUUAUGCAAAUGAACAGGCUACAAGAUCUGACACCUGCUCCAUCCAUGACAGUGCCGAUCGAGCAUUCCGCUAGGCCGACGCUGGGGUUUCCCUUGGGAACUGCGCUGUUGCUUCUUGUGAUCUUCUCCCUCAGUGGCAUGUUCUCAUGUUGCUACCACUGGGACAAGCUCCGCUCCCUCCUUCGGUCUCGGCAUCCUGCCAUGUUCCAAGAGGGUGAGCAUACCGUGAUCUCCAUCGGAUCAUCACCGAGCAAGACAGCUUCUGAUCACAAGCUGGAGAAAAUGGGGAAAGAGUGUGGUUUGCCUGUUAUUAUGCCUGGGGACAAGAUCCCCAAAUUCUUUGCGAGGCCCUGCCCACACGAGAUGUGUUUGCCUGAAGCAGAGAAGACUGAAGCUGCGUUGGAAACCAAAUGUUCGGGUCAUGGGACCAUUUGUAUCUGUACAUCAGUACAUGAAAGCACACUUAGCCGUUAGUGAUUUAUGAUUGGUGGAUUGGGUGUACAUAUGCAUGGUAAUAGAUUGUUGUCUGAACAUUCGGUCUUGUGCUGCUAUAUACAAGGAUCUGGCCGAGAUAGGUGAUUAUUAUUAAUUUUUUUGUUAGGGUUUGAAAGGACGAUUUGUUCUAGUAACAAGCUUGUUGAAUGUUAUAUCCUUGAGGUUGCGCUGCUCAA